CAGGUCAGUUUAUUUUAAUUUAGACCAUUGAUCUAAAUGUUAUGCAAGAUCAUAGUGCUAGUAACACAAAAGUCUGGUCAAGCAGGUCACAUGGUCUGGUGUAUGUUAAGUAGAGCUUGGUCAUUUUAUAAGCAGUCAGUAUAGAAAAGUUUAGUGUAUAACAUUUAUGUACUCUAAGCUCUGAUAUAGUAGAGUGUCCAUUAUGGUGCCAAGUCAAUCAAGCUUCUUCUUGUUUUACUAUAUUGUGCUCGGAGAGAGUGCUGACGUCAUGCAACAAGGUAUAUCCACGCUGACCACACAUUACGUUCCACAACAUAUCUCUUCGGAUAUGGCCAAGCUGCCCAUAAAUCGUCUCAGCAAAAGGCACAUUAAAAGAGAGCAUGAUGCGGGGUUGACAUCCGAAGAGAAAAGCGUUCUUCUGAACCUCCAUAAUAACUUGAGAGCCACUGUCGGCAGCAGUGACAUGACGAGAAUGAAAUGGAACUAUGGCUUAGCAAAAACAGCACAAGCCUAUGCUGAAGAGUGUAAGUUUGAGUACACGUCUUUUGAGUUUAGAAAGAAUCUCAGUGACCUAGGUUAUGUUGGUGAAAACUUGUACAUUGGAACAGGACGUCUGAAUGUCACACUUGUAGCAACUAUGUGGUGGGAAGAAAUACAGUUCUAUGACUACGACACAGCACAUUGCCAGACAAACCAUAAGUGUGGACACUACACUCAGAUGGCCUGGGCAGACAGCUACGCUCUUGGUUGUGGGUUUAAAUAUUGCCACACCCUUAGAAACGUUCCUUCAAACGACUUUGAAAGUGGCAAUAACCUCGUCUGUCAUUAUGCACCAGGAGGUAAUUAUAGAUACGCUAAACCUUUCAAGAAGGGUCCAGCUUGCUCUCAAUGUCCCAGUACUAUGAAAUUUUGUGUGGAUCAUCUGUGUGCUUUCACAUCGAAAUUUGGUUCAGCAUCCACAAGUAUCCAUGGAGACAUUAGUCAACAAUUCAAUGUCCUUCUCAUUAUUGGCUCUAUUUGCAUAAACUACUUCUUUGUUGUAAGUUAGUGUUUGAAUUUUUGUGUGUGUGUUUAAAGAUCAAAUAUGUAGAUUUAUCUUUUGUAUUUUGUAUAUUAAUUAAUGUUUACUGAAUAAAACGUGUGGCUUAAGACAACUUAUAUGCUACUGAACAUACCGAAUAACUGUCGUGUCUUUUUUACUCUACAACUUUAGUACUUUGACUUUGGUGUCCACAUGUACUAUGCAUACCCACAUGUAUAUCUUGUGUAUGUGUGCGUUUAUACAGUAAUUGCUUAUGUUCACCUACAUGUAUAUCUUGUGUGUGUGUGUGUGUGUGUGUGUGUGU